CUGGAAACCAACGGUGCAAACCCGAACUCUGGGCUCCGGUUGACAAGACGCACUGCGCGGAAAUAGAUGAUGGCGAGCAGCCCUGUUUUGAUGCGACUGGUGGCUUCUGCCUAUGCUGUGGGGGAGAAUGCUGGAGCUAUCAUCAGGAAAGUGCUUCAUAGUGGAGAGCUCGGGAUUGUGGAGAAGACAGGAGCCAAUGAUCUACAGACACUGGCUGACAGGCUAGUGCAGAAGAGUAUAUGUACAUCUCUGUCAAGAAGCUUCCCUAAAGUCACAAUUAUUGGGGAGGAGGAUUUACCUGAUGAAGCCGUUGAAGAGGACCUGAUAGAGAGCGGGCAGAACAGUGUAAUCUUACAAAAGUCCUGUCCAGAUCAGUAUGCCAGCUUGAAGGAGGAAGAGCUGGUUGUGUGGGUGGACCCUCUUGAUGGCACUAAAGAAUAUACUGAAGGACUUCUGGACCAUGUCACAGUGCUAAUAGGCAUUGCUUAUGGUGGGACAGCCAUUGCUGGAGUCAUCAAUCAACCCUUCCACAACUACCAGAUGGGGGCUGGUGCUACUUUGGGCAGGACGUUAUGGGGAGUUUUGGGUUUGGGCUCAUUUGGGUUCCAACUCCAUCAGGUCCCAGAUGGUAAAAGAAUCGUCACCACUACACGAUCCCAUAGCAAUAAACUAGUGACUGACACAAUCCAAGCCAUGGAGCCCCAUGAUGUCAUCAGAGUGGGAGGAGCUGGGAAUAAGAUCAUCCAGUUGGUGGAAGGAAAGGCCUCUGCUUAUGUUUUCGCCAGUCCGGGUUGUAAGAAGUGGGACACAUGUGCACCUGAGGCCAUUCUGCAUGCAGUUGGAGGUAAACUGACAGACAUGCAUGGUAAUGCAUAUAGAUAUGAUGCAGAUGUGAAGCACAUGAAUUCUGCUGGGGUGCUGGCGACACUACGGGAUCAUCAGUAUUAUUUAAGCAGAGUACCACAGGAUGUAAAAGAAGCUCUUUCCUCUGACUGAACCAUUCCAGGAUAUGGAUUCCAACUCUGAAGCGUUAUGCCUUAAUGCAGUGUGUUUCUGCCAUAAAAUGUUGAUUGAUCUAACAACAAAGAUGAUCAUAUUCAAAUUCCUAAACGUUGUAAUUAUUUUAUAAUUGCUUACAUUUAUCACAGUUAAGAUUUAGAAGAGGGAAUUAUUUAAUUACUACAUCCACAACAUGUUUUGAUCUAUUUGCAUUAGAGGACCAAAUAAAUAUUUGUAUGUUUCCAUUACUUGAUAUAAUAUAUAGAGCAUAUAACUGUUAACAUUAUAUAUAUUUCUAUACAUGCAUCUUAAUAUCUAUAUAAUAAUGGUUAUAUCACCGGGUGGUGAUUUUACACACCCAGCCCCUUAUCAAGCUAAUCAAGCCUCUGAGAGGAAUAAAGGUCGCCUGUGAACGGUGGUGCGACAGAGAAAAAGCGUUUACGGGCAGCUGUCUGUUAUAUGUGUGUGUAUAAUCACGACCCGAUCCCACCCUCUGCCCUGUCACACACACAAUUAUAAUCUUCCAUAUCUUUAUCAAACACAUCUCAUUAAACAUUCACAGUGUUGUGGAAAAUGUAAAUGAA